AUGGGCAAGCCAGUCGUCCUUCAACUGGGUGACGACAUCCGUUGGAACCAUGAAUUGUACGCAAAGUUCAACGACCACUUCGAGGUCAAAAGAUCAUACAGCAUGUCUCGACCGGAGUUCAUCCGAGCUCUGAAGGAGCGCAAGUUCGGCGAUUUCUUUGCCACGUAUCGACCGUUCUGGAAUACCGGUGGUGAGAUGGGCAACUGGGACGAGGAAUUGAUUUCUAUGCUGCCGGAUUCCUGCAAGGUGUAUGCCAGUGCUGGCGCUGGAUUUGACUGGGUUGAUACUGCUGCUUUGGCGAAGAAGGGCGUCGUUUACUGCAAUGCUGCCGCAGCUUGCACGGAAUCCGUUGCUGACGCCGCGCUCUGGCUGAUCAUCUCCAGCUUCCGCCUGUUUUCCUGGUCUGCGAUGGCUGCACGUUCGCUGGAUGCAGACCAGUUCAUCGAUGCCAACAAGAAUCUAGCACCCGUGUCACUGAACCCUAAGGGUCACACUCUCGGAAUCAUUGGGUUCGGCCAGAUCGGUCGCCGGACAGCUGAAAAGGCCUACCUCGCUCUGAACAUGAAGAUUCUCUACCAUGACAUCGUCCGGAUGCCACGAGAGUUGGAGAACGUUUCAAAAGCCACAUACCACAAGAACAUGGACACUCUCCUAGCAGAGUCCGACUGCUUGGUAGUAGCGACACCCUUCAGCGGCGAGACCCUGCUGAACGCAUCUCUGAUGUCAAAGAUGAAGAAGGGCUCCAGACUGGUGAACAUCGCGCGCGGAAAGCUUCUGGACGAGGCUGCUCUUGUGGAUGCGCUCAAGCGAGGCCAGCUUUCUGCUGCUGGUCUGGACGUGCAUUUCAACGAACCGCAUGUCAACAAGGAGCUGGGUCAGAUGAAGAAUGUGGAGAUCAUGUCGCACAAUGCUGGUGCUUCUCUGGAUUCGCAUAUUGGGUUCGAGCGUCUAGGUAUGGAGAACAUUAUCUCGUUCCUUCAGAAUGGCAAGGCUGUCACUCCUGUUAAUCAGCAUUUGGUGGGCAAGGCAUCGGUAUCUAAGCUUUGA